AUGAAGAUGUGGGUUGCCUGCUGCCAGCACGUCAUCUGGGAGACACACUCGGGUGACAGUGAGAGGCUGAAGGCGCAGUGCAGGGGUGUGGCGGUGCCCUCAGAGUGGAUUCUGUCCGGGCAGGCGGUGCACCCCAGGCCACACCCCAAGAACGUCAGGUAUUUGGAGGAGUACAAGUUGAAGGAACGGUGCGCUGACGGAACCAUUGUAGCCGUGCCGUGCUCCCUGCCAGACAACACCAACACCAACACCACUGCAGGGAAAAAGAAGAAAAAGAAAUGUGUGGUGUGUGUCUCAGGCUGGGAAGGAAGACAGCGAUUUGUCACACCAGGAGGAAACACACACUGGCCUUCAGAUGGUGGUGUCAGUGAAGGUUCAAGCACAAAGAGGAGAGGUGUGGUGUGUGUCUCAGGCUGGGAAGGUAGACCCCACAUUACCACACCAGGAGGAAACACACACUGGCCUUCAGAUGGUGGUGUCAGUGAAGGUUCAAGGACAAAGAGGAGGAGAGGUGUGGUGUGUGUGUCUCAGGCUGGGGAGGAAGAGGAAGGAAGUUCACUGGAGAAGCAGGAGGAAGCACUUAAUGGCCUCACGAAUGGCGGUUCUGGCUCAAAUACCGAUGUGAUUAAAUAUAGGAAACAAACCCGAAGGAGAGGGAAGAAGUUGAAGGGAGGCGAUGAAGUGGCCGUACCUUAG